GGGGGCACACGCACCCUGGGCGCAGGAUCCCCACGGGACUAUCAGAGCUUCAUUUCAGCCCGCCUCCUAAGCAAGCCCCUCUUGGAAAAAAAAAAAAAAAGCCCCUCUUGAUCCAAAAUGUCCCUCAAGCUGCCACGGAACUGGGAUUUCAACCUGAAAAUGGAUGCUGCAAAAAUAGCCCGCUCCAAGAGCGUGAUGACUGGCGAGCCCGCGGGCGCCCAGCCGGCCUCCCCCAACCCGCUAGAGCGGCCCCUGAAGAUCGGAUGGCUGAAAAAGCAGCGCUCCAUCGUCAAGAACUGGCAGCAGCGGUACUUCGUGCUUAAGGGCCAGCAGCUUUACUACUACAAGGAUGAGGAUGAUGUCAAACCACAGGGCUGCCUGUGUCUCCAGGGAAGCACCAUCAAGGAGGUGGCCAGCAACCCAGAAGAUGGAGGGAAAUUCAUCUUCGAAAUCAUCCCAGGUGUCUCUGGAGACCAGAACCGGACAGGGCAGGACACCUGUGUGCUCAUGGCUAAUUCCCAGUCUGAGAUGGAGGAAUGGGUUAAAUCCAUCCGACGAGUGCUGGGGUCAGCAUCAGGAGCGGUGUUUGGCCAGCGCUUGGCAGAGACCAUGGCCUAUGAGCAGAAAUUUGGGCAGCACCAGGUCCCCAUCCUGGUGCAGAAGUGUGCUGAGUUCAUCCGGGAGCACGGUGUGAGCGAGGAGGGCAUCUUCCGCCUCCCCGGCCAGGACAACCUAGUGAAACAGCUCAGAGACGCGUUUGAUGCUGGGGAAAGACCAUCAUUUGACCGGGAUACGGAUGUGCACACUGUGGCCUCUCUGUUCAAACUCUACCUGCGGGAGCUCCCUGAGCCGGUUGUGCCCUGGAUGCAGUAUGAGGAUUUCCUGCUGUGUGGUCAGGCUCUGGAUGCGGAUGAGAGAAAGGGCCAUCAGGAGCUCCUGAAGCAACUGUCCCUCCUUCCCAGAGACAACUACAACCUCCUCAGCUAUAUCUGCAGGUUUCUACAUGAAAUACAGCUGAACUCCAGUGUUAACAAGAUGAGUGUGGAUAACCUGGCAACAGUGAUUGGAGUGAACCUCAUCAGACCCAAGAUAGAGGAUCCUGCAAUUAUUAUGAGAGGCACCCCGCAGAUCCAGAAAGUGAUGACUGUGAUGAUAAGUGACCAUGCAGACCUCUUUCCCCCAUCCAAGGAUGUGCCGCCCUCCCCACCUGCCCAAAAAAAUGACAAGAAAGCCCCCAUCCCGCGCAGCUCUGUGGGCUGGGACGCAGCAGAAGAUCCUGUGGUGCCCAGGGCGGACAGUUUGAUCCAAAGACAAAUGAGAGAUGACCUGAGCUGCAGCAGUGCCCCCGGACCAGCUGCGAGCUCAAGUACACCCAGAGAAGAUAACGUGUCCAAAGAUACACUGGGAAUGUGGAAAACACAGUCAAGGAAAAGAACUCAGACUUUACCAAACAGGAAAUCUUUCCUGACAGCUGCUUCUCUGGGGGAGAAAGGCAGCAAUGACAAAAAUGACAUAUUUGCCAGUGACUUUUGGAAAAGCUCCGCUGGGAGCAGCAUGCGCUCCGUGGCCCCCGACGGACAUAAGAGAACAUUGUCUCAUGAUCUUUUUAAGCUGCUCGACUUUCACCGGGCUUCAACCUGUGAUAGUGUUCCUACCUCCCAGGCAGAAAGUGGGGAAGGCAGCCGCUCCAGCCCCAGCCCUUCGAGCAGCGGCUCUGAUAAGGAUUUUCUACCUUGCCACAGUCCCAGCCAUCAGCCAAAGGAAACGGCCAGUCCCCCCAGCAGCCCUGCUGAGGUCUCCAAGCCUAUUCAGGAGAGCAGGGAGUUCCUGCAAAAUAUGAUCCUGAAGCUGGAAAAAGAAAUGGAGGUACAGAAAAAUGACUACGAGGAACAAAUUAAAAGUCUUGAGAAGGAGAACUAUGAAGUCUGGGCCAAAGUGGUGAGGCUGAAUCACGACAUUGAGAGGGAGAAGAAGAAGUCUGAGGAACUGGAGCUAAAGUUGAUGAACGUGGAGCGCUCACGGGAGGACAUGGAGAAGAAAAACAAGAUGCUUGAGGAGGAGAUAAAAAACUUAGCUAAAGCCACAAGCAAAACUGAUGCCAAAACCAACUAGGAGAAGACACCCAGCUGUGCACGGACAUAAAAUGCAGCUGCAUGAAUCCACAGGAAUUGCCAAGCAGGUUCAGAGCCAGGGACUUGUAUCAUCUGGUGUUCUGCUACUGACCACGGGCUGGCUUGGAGGAAGGAGCCCAGAAGUUAGAGGCUGGUUUAUGCUCUGAAACAGGAAAUUUCAAAAAUAUUCUUUAGCUUUUUUGGUGUGUUUUUUUCAACUCCUCUUUCAGCAGCUCCAGUUACCUGUAGAACGGGCCAAUACUUCUUGCUGCUCAAUCAGAAUAUCUUGCACUCAGGAGUUCACGUUAAGGACACAUUAUGCCUUUACAAAAAUAAACCAGCAAGCAUCCCUCCUGCCAGCCGCCUGGCUCCUUGCUGGAAACACCCACAGUGCUUCUGAGUGGAACAAAAAGUCCAUAAAUCCUGGAUCCGGAGAGAAAGAAAAGCCCCGAGGUCUGGGGUGGCACAGCCUGUCACGCAGUGUGCCUGGAUGGUGGGCUGUGAAUGCUGUCAGCACCAUGGCUGAGAUGUUCACAUUAAAACGUGCACUUGAUUAUUGCUCUUAUAGAGCAAGAGAAGCCCAGACAGCCCGCUGGGUCCACUGAGAAGAGAUCUCAUGCAGCAUCACUCGCUGUGCUGUGCCAGACUCAUCGAUAUCAAGGCUCCAGGUAUAAAAUAACAAUAUCACAAAACCUUCUUUAGUUAAGUGGCUGUUUGGUUGUUUUAAAUCAGUGUUCCUGAUAGCCAUAAAUCCAGCACAGCUGCUGCUGAGGCUUUGGAGAGCACUUUCAUGCAUCCACACAGAGCUCUUUGUACAGAGGGAGGCCAUUAGCAACUUCACCUGGUAUAGAAAACGGGGCUUCUGCAUUUUCCCUGAUGGACAGUUUUCAAAGAAUAACAGAUCUGGACUUAUUUACCACCUCCGCUUUUGUUUUUCAUCAUUUCAUCAGCAUAGAACAGGAUUUCCUCAGCCACCUUGGUGGAAACCUGGGUUUGCACCCUAACAAUGAUGCUGAGUCUCUCCCUGUCACUUGCUGCCAUCAGUGUAAAGAUUAACUGGACCCAAAGAUCUCAUGGUGCCAGUGUGGCUAUUUGUAAACUUAUCUGCUUGUUUUCCAACUGCCCUUCCAGCAGUAACAUGAUGCUGCUGAAGCUUUCGGUGUAGGAAAAAAAUAACAGGACUCUGCAAGAAAACUUUUCACUCUUCAUUUAUGUUAAGAAGGGGGAACAACAGCCCAGCUCAGCCUAGAGCCUUCAUGGGAACAGAAAAGGGAAAAUCACAGAGAUCUGCAGGAGUUUUCCAACAAGAUGUCUAGGACCAAACACGUGCCUCUGUGCCAAGCACCGUGAAGUUAGUGCAACAACACUGGGUUACUGCUACUGAGGAUGUGGCUUUGGUGAUAUGAAAGUUCAGCUCAAGAUAGGCUGCAGACCUGCUUGGCAGAGCCUGCAAAGAAAAAUGAACUGGUGAGAGAAAGGGGCACAGAGGAAACUAUUUGGAAAAAAAGGGAAGAUGGGAGCAGGGAAAUGUUAUCAGACAAUAAAAGUCACUAUUGGGUAUAUAGCACUUGCUGCUACCAGCCUUGCUAGGGGGCACUUGUCUAGCCCUCAAACUGAGCCCAGACUCCUUAGUCUCAAACUUGGAUGUAUUGAAUCCGCCUUUGCUCAGCUGUGGGUACAAAGUACAGGUAAAGGAAAGGUUUGUGAAAGUUGAGCUGCAUUUAAGAAUCCAACCCAUAAAUUGCUCAUUCAGCUUACAGACUCUGACACCAGGUGGUUUGCCUUUCCACAGGAGCCCCAUAGACUACACAGCUCCUCACCGUCCUGCCCACAAACCUUCAUGCCAGGGAAUUAAUUUUUUCUGGAGACCUGCACAGGGCUACCGCAUGGGGCCACUGCAAAAUCGCAGUGCCUUCCAGAGGACCCACAACCAAGGUCCUCUGCUCUUGCAAUGAUCAAAUCUGAUUUAAAUGUUUCAAAUCUCAUUGAAAUGUUUCAAAUCUCUUUGAAAUGUUUCUAAUCUGAAACUUGGUAAUUUAAAAUCUCAGCAAGGAUCACAGUACCCCUUUGCUUGCAUUGGACCAGUGGGCCUGGACCUGCUGGUGCACAGCUCCACAGCCCACAGCCUUGCAGAGUGAUGGGCAUCACAGAGAAAAGCCCCAAGGAGGACAGUGUGGCCUCUACCAGGCUUAGCCACCUUCCAAGCUGAGCUACCCAAACCUCACCUUCCCCAUCACCUGUGUGUCCCGCACACUACAGCAUCCUGUGACGACACAUUUCUUGUCUCCUGAAGUCUCUUUCGAGCACCGCUAACAUCAUUGGUGCUGCAAGUCAAAGUUCCCAGUUCAGAUGACCUUGACAGAGCUGCUUCAGUGUUUAUUUAAUUUUUUACCUUUACAAAGGAACACAUUACUAAUCUGCGCAUGAGGCUCAGGAGUCAUUUAGGGAGAAACUUCUCUAUUGAGUCCAGGAGAAACGUCGUGAACAUCUGGGCUGGAAAUGCCACACGCUCCUUUCUGCAAAGAUCAAAAGAGUGAAGACGCAAGUAAUUCCUUCACAGCCUGCAGUAGACUGUAAUGACGUGAAAAGGCUUGGCUGAGGCUCAGAAGUCUCUGCGAUUAGGACAAGUGCACGUUAUUUUAGUAUAAACUGCACAUUCCUCCACUUCCGCUGCAGAUAGGCAAAACAACCUCUAUCAAACCAUGAGUGUUUCUGAAGAUCAGAGUAACUUCUUUGAAGAUAUUCUGCCCAUUAAAAUUUGGAGUGUUUAUAUUUAAAAGAUAGACUUUCCAAUAGAGGUCAGGUGGGCUGGAAAUUCCUAAGUGCAUUGGGGGAGCGAACAGCCUCAGAGAGCAACACGGGCAUCUUAUGAGCUGGUAUUGCCGUUUGGUGCUAAUAAGGAGGAUUUUCCUUUUUUUUAAAGUGAGCUUUUUCCAGAGACAGAAAAGCAUGGAUCUGCCCAGACGUGUGGAAACUUUGCAUCCUUUUCAGCCCUGAGGGUGUAUCAUGUCUGCUCAGCCACGCGAAGCCCAGAGUCGCACCUGAAUACUGGCAAUGCCCAAAUCCUAACGUGGAUUUAAUGCACUUUCAGAUCUUCUGUUGGAGACACCAGAACAUGAGAUCCCCCAAAUCUGACUGAUGCAUUUCCUUCCUCCCUCUCUUUUUGUAGCCAAGCCAUGAAGUUUUUUGGGAAGGAUUAGCAAAGAAAGUCUCUCCUGUUCCUGAAGUGGGGGUUGCUGUUCCUCUGUGCUGCGAGGGACAUUAUAAACUCACAGAGGGUUGUUUGGUGUCUGCUUUUCAGCUCAGUAGGCUUUAAGCAUUGAUUUUGGAUAUCCUUGAGACUGUGAAACUACUACUAUCAUAUAAAAGUACAACAGACUGUCUAUCAUAGAGAAUAAAGAAUAAAGCCUGUAGAAAGAUCCUUUUCAACCCUGUCCUGGGCACUGUAGGUUCAGAAACUGCCAAAAAUGCAGUUUUUCACCCCCUUUAACCCUCACACUGCACAGCCAGAGGACACAAGAACACCCCUUCGAGGAGGUGGGAGAGUGUGUAGCAUAACCCACAAAACAUACUGAGGAUUUUCUUCUCCCUUUAAAAGUGAUAUGGCUUUCCAAAUUAGAGCAAUUAAAA